AUGGUGGCGACGACAGACUGCGCAGAAAAGUCCAAACCCAUCGUUGGAAAGAAGGUAUCCAAACCACUUAUGGAAAAGAAACGAAGAGCUCGCAUAAACAAGUGUUUGGACCAGUUAAAAUCUCUUCUGGAGAGCUACUACAGCAGUAAUAUUCGCAAGCGCAAACUAGAGAAGGCAGACAUCUUGGAGCUUACUGUGAAACAUCUAAGAAACCUCCAAAAGAUACAGACCUGUACUGCCACUGCUUCUGAGUUUUCUGAUUAUCAAACUGGUUUCCGUAGCUGCCUGGCAAAUGUUAACCAAUAUUUGCUGAUGGCAGACAAAUUGAACGGCGGAAACCGCUGGAUGUUAUCGCAGCUCUCCAGCACACUUUGCCGCUCCCGGGGACGAGAGGAAGUCUUCAGCACCAUGGACAGCGGCCCGGGCCAAGCACAGACACAGGAUGAGGUGCAGAGACUUCUUCCAUCGACAGCUGGAUCUGAGGAGAGAAAAAAGAUCAAAUCUAAAGCUCUGAAACCCCAUACUGCAAGCACGUGUCCUGUUUUACAGAGUGAAGACGCACGACAGUCAUCGAGAACCAAACAGGCUGGUCUUGUUGCGGCGCCAACACAAAAUACUCAUGAAAAAAGAUCCAAGAUGUUUCACCCUGUCAGUAACAGGAAUGAAGUUGCAAACAUUCAGCACAAUGUCUGGAGGCCUUGGUAA